AUGUAUCUAAAAAACAUAACGGCCCACUUACCCCGCGCCACCCAGAAGAUUUCAGUGGAGUUGGCCUCUGGCACAACAGUCAUUGGUCGUUCCGGUCAGGGCAUUGAAACCUUCAACGGCAUCCCCUACGCCGAUCCCCCUGUGGGACCGCUACGCUUCAAGCCCCCGCAAAAGAUCUCUCGGAAGCUGGAGCCCGUCGACGCCACGGGCAUCGCCCCGUCCUGCCCACAAAUGCUCAUCUCCAACGCCACCAAGACGGCGCUGGGGAGAAUCGCGAGCAGCCUCAUCGACCUGCCCGUGCUCAGGGACGUGCUCCGCGGCCAGGAGGACUGCCUGACCGUCUCGGUGCAGCGCCCGGCCGGCACGCGGCCCGACACGAAGCUUCCCGUGCUGUUCUGGAUCUUUGGGGGCGGCUUCGAGCUCGGCGGCAGCAACACGUACGACGCGACGUCCCUUCUGGCAGCCGCGGUCGGCGAUGGCAUGCCGUUUGUCUACGUGGCCGUCAACUACCGCGUGGGCGGCUUCGGGUUCCUGCCCGGCGCGGAAAUUCACAGGGACGGAAGCGCGAAUGCGGGAUUGCUCGACCAGAGGAUGGCGCUCGAGUGGGUGGCGGACAAUGUGGCGUACUUUGGCGGCGAUCCGGACAAAGUGACGCUCUGGGGAGAGUCGGCAGGUUCCUUCUCCGUCGCCCAUCAAAUGGUCCUGUUUGGCGGCAGCGCGACGUACAAGGGAAAGCCUCUCUUCCGCGGUGCCCUCAUGGACUCUGGGAGCUUCAUGCCGGCCGAUGCCAUAGACUGUCCCAAGGGUCAGGCUGUGUACAACGCUGUUGUCCGAGCCGCUGGCUGCGCCGGUGCGGACGAUACCCUGGCGUGCCUCCGGUCGCUCGACUACGGCGCAUUUUACGAGGCGGCCACGUCUGUGCCGAGCUGGCUCUCUUUUAGCUCGACUGCGCUAUCGUAUCUGCCGCGGCCGGACGGAAACGUGCUGCCGGCAAGCGCAGAGGAUCUCGUAGCGGCUGGACGGUACCAUGCCGUGCCGCUCAUCAACGGCGACCAGGAGGACGAGGGGACGCUGUUCUCGCUGUUCCAGCAGAGCAUCAAGACGGACGAUGAUCUGGUCGACUACUUCUCGACGCUGUACUUUCAAAACGCAACCAAGGACCAGCUGCGGUCGCUUGUGGAUAUGUACCCCAGCGACUUUGACGGGAGCCCUUUCCGCACGGGCUCGCUGAAUGUCCUGUAUCCCAACUUCAAGCGCAUCGCGGCCAUGAUUGGCGACCUGGUCUUUACGCUCCCGCGGCGCCAAUUUCUCGAGCUGGCGACGCACGCCAAUCCGGACGUGCCCACGUGGUCCUAUCUGUCCUCGUACGCGUUUGGUCUCCCCGUGCUCGGGACGUUCCACGCCUCGGAUCUCGUGCAGGUCUUUUACGGCGUGCCGACGACGCACGCGACGCUGAGCUGCCGCCGCUACUACUUCAACUUUAUAUACGACUUGGAUCCGAAUAAGGGAAAGGGCGGGUAUUCUCACUGGCCGAUGUGGAAGGAGAAACGGACGCUCAUGUGGUUCAAGACGCAGUUCAGCAACGACUAUCUGACGGAUGACUUUCGGAGCGAUGCGUAUGCCGUCUUUCGCAAGCUGGGGAGCGUGUUGCGUUUGUAA